AUGGUCUUUAACGGAGAAGAGGAAAUUGGAGAAAUUAUGUUAUUGGGCAAAAAGGUGAAAAAGGUCAAUAACUUUAAAUACCUUGGUUCACAUUUAACAUCAGACGGAAAUCUCCAUGUCGAAAUAAACCAUAGGAUAAAAUCUGGGUGGAAUAAUUGGAAAAACGUGUCAGGAGUGAUAUGUGAUAAGAAGAUCAGCGCAAGAGUGAAGGGCAAAGUUCAUAAAACGGUAGUAAGACCUGCAAUGAUCAAUGGUGCGGAAGCGUGGCCUAUUAAAAAGUCACAGGAGAAGAAACUGGACGUAUUCGAAAUGAAGAUGUUGAGGUGGAUGUGUGGAGUAACAAAACUUGAUAAGAUCUGGAAUGAAAGAAUUAGAGGGACAAAUAAGGUGGUAGAAGCUUCAAAGAAAGUGCAGGAGCGGAGGCUUCAAUGCCUACAUCCAAUGCUUGUGAACGUAAGCGAGGUUAGGAGAGGCAGCGCAUUCCUCGCCCUUCGCGCUCCUGCCUUCAUGUGUUGCUCGCCCCGCAACCACCCGAGACACCGCUUGGGAGACAUCACAGGACUGGUUUAG